AUGAAAGAAGCAGAAGAAGCCUUGGAACGGGACCGAUUUAACGUUGACGACCAUGGCAAACGAAAAAAGGACAAUGAUUUGAGAGUAUGCACGUGGAAUGUACGAACACUGUACAGACCAGGUGCUGCUCAACAACUAGCAGAUACCCUCAAAAAAUGUAGGGCCGAUAUCGCUGCUAUCCAGGAAAUGCGAUGGAUAGGGCAAGGUUGCAUUAAGAAGAAGGACUGCGACAUCUACUACAGCUGCCAUCCAGAAAGGCAUGAAUUUGGCUGUGGCUUCGUUGUUGGCACCAGACUGCGGCGCCGAGUCUCUCACUUUCUGCCAAUAAACGAGAGACUUGCAACGAUCCGAAUUACUGCCAAAUUCUUCAACAUCAGCCUGAUAUGCGCGCACGCUCCAACCGAAGAAAAAGACGAUAUAACCAAGGAUACUUUCUAUGCGGAGCUCGACCGAGCUUACGGCCGCUGCCCUUCUCAUGACAUUAAAAUCCUCCUUGGGGACUUUAAUGCCAAGGUUGGGCGAGAAGACAUCUUCGGUGCCACCGUCGGGCGAUUUAGUCUACAUGAGACCACCUCGAGCAAUGGCCUCAGAUUAAUAGGCUUUGCUGCAGCGCAUAAUAUGGUAGUUCGUAGUACUGGGUUCCGUCAUUUGGACAUACAUAAGGCGACGUGGCUCUCUCCCGAUCGACUGACCAGAAAUCAGAUCGAUCAUGUUGUGAUCGAUGCAAGGCAUGCAUCUAGCGUACUCGACGUGCGAUCCUGUCGGGGUCCCAACAUCGACUCCGACCAUUAUCUUGUUGCAGCUAAGAUUCGCACACGGUUAUGUGUUGCGAAGGUGGCACGUCGAGGACUGCUGAGAAGGCUGGACAUCGGAAAGCUGCAAUCACAACAGAUAAGGGAUGCAUUCUCCACUCAAGUCUCUGGCCUAUUGAGCCGAACAACUCCAACACCUGAAGACAUCAGCGAUCAGUGGGCGCUCAUAUCCCACUCCCUGCGAACUUCCGCAGAAGAAGUCAUUAGAUUCCAGCGCCCCCCAACAAGGAAUCCAUGGUAUGACCAGGAGUGUCGGGACGCAACAGCUGCAAAAGACGUCGCCUACCGAAGAACACUGCAAGCUGGGGCUACACGGGCUGUUGUUGAGGUCUACAGCUUAAGGAGAAGGGAUGAGAAACGCCUUUUUGAACGCAAGAAAAGAGAACAUGAAAAGCGAGAGUGUGAAAGCAUAGAGAGCAGCAGAUGCCGAAAUGAAACUCGUAACUUCUAUCAGAGGGUUAAGCGUCUGAUCCAAGGUUGUAAGACUGGAGGAGUUGCAUGCAAGGACAAUGACGGAAACCUAGUCACAGAUGCAGAGAUUGUGCUGAAGCUAUGGAGGGAUCACUUCUCAAGCCUGUUAGCUGGCUCUGGCACGGGCUAUGAAGAUUAUGAUCCACAAACCCCAAUCUAUGGUACUGAUAUAGAUGUACCGACCCCAAGCCAUGCCGAAGUCAAGGAUGCAAUCCAACGACUCAAAAACAAUAAAUCUGCAGGUGCUGAUGGCCUGCCGGCUGAAUUGUUUAAGGCAGCUGGUGAUAUGUUGGUAGGGAGCAUGCACCAACUAAUCAGCAAGAUAUGGCGUACGGAGAGCAUGCCCGAAGAUUGGAACCUCAGCAUGAUCUGUCCUGUCCUGAAGAAGGGUGAUGGCACAUUGCGCACCAAUAACCGUGGCAUUAGUCUUCUUCCAGUCGCAUACAAGGUCCUUUCGAGCGUACUGUGUGAAAACAUGAAACCCCAUGCCGAAGCACUGAUUGGACCUUAUCAGUGCGGGUUCAGGCCUGGUAAAUCCACUAUUGACCAGAUUUUCACCUUGCGCCAAAUCCUGGAGAAGUCCUAUGAGAACCAGAUCGACACCCAUCAUCUAUUCGUCGAAUACAAGGCUGCAUUCGAUAGUCCCCGGCGAGAUCGCCUAUAUGCCGCCAUGUCUGAGCUUGGUAUACCAGCAAAGCUGAUACGGCUUUGCAGGAUGACAUUGAGCAACACCAUCAGCUCUGUCAAGGUAGGAAACGACCAAUCCGAAACCUUUAGUACCAAGUGUGGUCUCAGACAAGGUGACUCGCUAUCUUGCAUGCUCUUCAAUAUUCUAAUGGAGAGUAUUGUAAGGAAGGCUGGUGUGCAUCGGACGGGCACGAUUCUGUCAAACAGGUGUGUCCAACUCCUUGGUUACGCUGAUGAUAUUGAUAUCAUUGGCCGAACCAAGCGUGAUGUUACAGCAGCCUUUGGGGCUAUUGAAAAAGAGUCGGCUAAAGUAGGACUAGCAGUGAACAUGGACAAGACAAAGUUUAUGGUGUUGUAG